AAGGAAUCUUGUCGUUCAUCCAUCUUUGUUAUUCGUCAUGCAACGCAUCGACACAGCCGUAACCCACGGCAUCUGGGACGGCCAGCUUCCGGUCCGGAUAUCCAUUGACCCCACCGACGCUAAAACCCUUGCUUCAGGUGCAAUCCUCCAUAGCCACUACACUUUUAUGCACCGUUGUAGUUACCUCCCCCUCGUAACCGAAUCAGUGAGGGAGGUGUUUGUGAAGUCUGGUGUGGCGUUUACGGGACAUGACGCUGAUAUUUGGUAUGAGUAUCGAGGGGUGCCGUUGAAAUGGCAUUACCCCAUUGGUCUCCUUCAUGACCUUCUCACGUCCCAAUACCGCGGCUCCUCACCACUUCCUUGGCACAUUAUCAUCCACUUUACAAACUUUCCUACUGACAAACUUAUACGCAUAAAUGCCGCCAAUAUAAUAGACACCCCGCACGACUCGUUCAUGUCCAUGAUCAAAGAGGCCGACUAUAUCCGCAACGGCUCAAUCAAGAAGCUCAUGUCACUGUCAAAACAAGAUCAAACCAACCUCUGGCAAGGCUUAUCAUCCCAUGACUAUGAUAAAUUCUGGAACGUGAAUGCGAGAUUGGUAACCAACGAUAAUACUAUACCUAAAUACAUCCCGUUGCGAGUGUACCUCCUGGAUCAACCGGUGAUUCAGGAACCCGUCGCUCCUGUUGAUGACAAUUUGGACUGCGAAUACACACUACGGGAUAUCCUUGGCCGAAUGUUGCCAGAAAUCUUCCCUCCCAGCUUAGACGCGCCCACUACGGAGGGAGCAGACAAUACUCGGAAGAGUGACGCAUCAGAAGCGGUCGCCAUUCUCCAUGGAAUAGUAAUUCCCAUCGAAACACCGAUUUUGUGGCUCAGCCAAAACUGCUCAUAUCCGGAUAACUUUUUACAUAUUGUUAUCUGUCGGUAAUCCCAUGAGUCCUAUUAUUUAUAUACCCAUUUUAUAAGAAGAACGUAGCGAAUAUUGCGAAUUGCUGAAUGUUGUUGAAUAUAUCUCGUUUUUUCAAUCGUC